UAUGGCUAUACAAAUAUGAGAUAUGUAUCUUCUUUAAUAUCUGGAGUUGGUAUCUUUUGUGUUGGAACUGGUCUAUCUAUAUAUCACGGAAUCCACGGCCUUCUGAAUCCUUCGACAAUAGAAUCGUUUUAUUGGGCAUAUUUUAUCCUGGUUGGCUCUAUGGUAUCAGAAGGAGCAACUUUGUUAGUAGCAAUACAAUCAAUAAAAAAAGGUGCAGCAGAAAAACGACAAACAUUUAAGGACUAUGUAUUAGGAGGACAAGAUCCUUCUGUAAACGUCGUACUUAUGGAAGAUUGUGCAGCUGUGCUUGGUCUUGUAUGUGCAGCUACAUGUAUGGGUUUAACAUCCUAUUUGGAAAACCCCAUGUUUGAUGCCAUUGGAUCUCUUUUAGUUGGCGGUCUACUUGGCAGUAUAGCUGGGUUUAUAAUACAUACAAAUGCCACAGCUUUAAUUGGAAGAAGUAUAUCUCAAGAAGAUCUAGAUAAAAUCAAUGCGGAAUUAGAAGCAGAUAUAAUGGUAAUAUUUUUAUGAUUGUAUCGUU